GAUUUUUUGAAAACAAACAAACUGGACUAGAAAGUCUAAGAAAGUUUAUCGCAGUAUACUCUGGUAUUUUGAAGGCAGGAUGUGAAGACAACUUCCAGUUUAAUAAAACUUAACGAGGUUCGUAUCAAUAAUACAGAAAUUGCAAUCAUGGUGUUUAAAAGAUCAGAGUAUGGACUACAGUUUAAAAAAUCUCAUCUUGUUAAGAAUAUACCAGAAUAUUAUAACAAUGUAGAAUACAGAACACAUCGUAGAGAAUUGGAACACGCUCAUACACCACUGUCCUGGGACUUUGAACAGGAUUCAGGAGAUUCAAAAACAACUUCCGAGGAAGAAGUCUGUGACCUAUUAGAACAAAAACUACAAGUUAUUGAGGAGAAAGAUGAUGACAAAUCUGAAGAUCUCAUUAAACAAGCCAAAGAUAUAUUGGCAAAAUAUGACAGUAAAGACAAUCAAAAUACAGAAGAUUUGAAAAGAGACAUUUGUAAAUCAACUGAUGAUAUCAGAACAAAGGGAGAUUACAAAGAUGAAGUAGUAGUACAAUCAAAGGGAGACAAUGACAAACCUGAAAAAAUUGUACAAAUACAGUCCGACAAUAAAGCAGUUGUAAGAUCAAAAGGAUUAAAGACUUAUCUAUGCAAAAAAUCAGAUGAUCUUAAACUGGAUCUGAAAUCAUCUGAAGAAAAGAAGAAACCUAAGAAAUUGAGACCAAAAUCUUCACCAAUUUACAGACCACCAUUUGUGGCUUAUGGAUGUGGGGAUAAAGAAAGAGAGACAGGGGUCAAAAAGUCAUUUAAUGUUCGUGCUUCAAGUGAUGUUUAUCCAGCAGCAAUGAAAGCCUUGGUAGACCACCAUGAAAGACAGAAGAAAAGAGAGACAGCAAGAAAAUGCUUAUCAGCUAGAGAAAGAAAGAGGAAAGCAUUGGUACUAGAGAAAGCAGCAAAGGAAGUUGCUGGCUGGCAAUCAGAGUAUCGUAGAAUGUACCCAGAAUACAAAGCUGAAGAAUACGCUAGGUCUGUGUCAAAUCUUCAAGAGAGGCCACGAUGCUUCAGACCCUAUAAAUUUUAGUGACUAGGUGAUUUGUCUUCAGAGUUAAGACAAAUGAAUCAGCAUUUAAAGCUAGUUUCUAGUUAUUUAUUUGUAGAAACAAUCAUGGAUGUAAAAAAGACAAUAUGUAGGAAUUGAAAUCUUGCCAUUUUUUUCAUGGUUUUCAUUUCUUAAUGUUAAAAGUGUUACUGAAAAAUCAAUGUAUACAAUAUUUAUAUUAAUGCCAUAAGAAUGAACAAGAUAAACAUUGCAACUUGCAUGUAGCAACAUAACAGGAAUAGCUUGAACCAUAUGCAUUGUCACAAUAUUUAAAAUGGCUGAAUACUCAUAAAAAAGUAAAAGUUCUUGCAUUAAAGUCUUCAAUCAAUAUUUCAAUCAAUCUGCUUUAUAUUAAUUUACAUUGUAGAUGUAAUAAAAUUGACAAUGGUUUUAGAGGAAAAACACAUACAUGUUGUUUGAGCACUGAGUCAAAGGAAUAGCAUACAUUUUUUCCUACAAUCAUGACAAUAAUGUCAACUUAUGUUUUCAUACAAUGUAACUAUAAGCUGAAACAAUGGAAUUGAAAUUUCAAAAUCACUACUCAUAAUUGUUGGUGCAGUCAAAUUUGUUUUGUAUGAUUAUACAAUCUUCAAGUUGUUUAAUUUAUAUCCAUUUAAUUAUGAUUUUAUGUACAGUCAUUAUUUUUGAAGA